AUAACUGUAGAUUUAAAAAAAAACAUUGUACUGUUUUUGGAAGGUAAACAAAGUUGUUAUCUUAAAUAAAUAAAUAAAACAUUAAAAUGGACUAAUUUCUGUAAGCAAAACAUUUUAGUUAAAUAAAUAUUUAACAUCUUAAAAUGCAUUAUUUUUUCAGUUGGGUUGGACGAUGUCUUUUUGUUUAUUGCCAUCAGGGCAUUCUUACUCAUUCGUCCAUGUUGAUGGGCUAAUAUUUCCCAUCCGAUUUGAAGCUGAACUAUUCCCACAACGGGACAUUUAGCUUUGUAAUCAUAUUUUUUCCCUCCUAAUUUGUGUUACUUUGUGGGGAGUACGCAGGCUACGUGAAUCGAGUACGCAGUACGUGAAUCCUCUUUGUGUAAAGCUGGCGCCCCGCUCUUCGCCCAGCGACGAGCCAAAGAUUGUCAAUGACUCAAAAGAGGGCUCAAUGCGUUCAGUUAAUUCUACUGCUCAGGUGUGAGAGCGAUGCAAAGAGUGAGACUUCUUUCUCUCUGAAGUGAGACGAACAAACGCAAAGCUGAACAAUUUUGAUUGGCAAACAUGUCUGUCACUUAAAUGGCGGUGGCGGCGGUGAAAAAAACCAAACCAAAACUUCAGCCUCUUGUGCUUAUGUAAUCGCACUAAUUAAAAUCUUGAUGCCGACUUAAUGUCAAUUAAUCGUGCAGUCCUAAUAUGAAUAGAAAUUUGUUAUAGCCUUAUCGUAAUUUGCAAAGGCAACUGUUUUUUUUUGUUUUUUUUUACAGAUUUAUGAAUAACUUGUUUUGAAAUCAUAAGACAAGAUGACAGUGCAUAUUUUUGAUAACCAAACAAAACGCUUGGAAUAUCAGAUAAUAUUAAAGUGUAGAACAUAUGCAAUGAAUGUGCAACAUUUUUCUGUCAAAAUUAAAAGAACAAAUAAGUAUAGAAAGUUUUUUUUUUUUCCAAGUCCAGUCUUUCGCAGGCUACAUAAAUGAUGUGGUGGCCGGACCACAUAAAAUAACAUUGAGCAAUACAUUAUAAUUAUGUGGCGUGUCCCUUCAAAAUUAUGGGACAGGCCACUUAAAUUGGAGUGGCGGGCCAUGAUUAAAUGGUAUGGCAAACCACAUAAAAUGAUGUGGCAGGGCACAUUACAUAAUUUGGCGGGCCUGAUUUGGCCCCCGUGCCUUCAGUUUGACACUUCUGUUUUAAAUAAACAUAUUAAUUUAUUAUUGGCUAAUCUCAGACAACUUAGUUUCAAAUUUUGACAAUGUUCCUAAGCCAAGAAGACUAAUUAAAAGUAACAGGAUUGAGGUUUUCGCAUAUGAUUAGCAAAUUCAGCGGUGAAUUUGUUCUGUGAUUAAGCUCAUGACUGAAAAUAACUAUCUAAAAUCAAUGUUCAACAUUGAAGUGAAUUGAAAUCAAAUUGAAAUACACCCCCAUUUUAACAUGUUGCAUAGGUCUGCAACUAGGGAUGGGCAAUAUGGCCUGAAGUCUAUAACGCAAUAUGUAUUGCAGCCUCUUGCUUAAAGAAUAUAUAUCGCAAUACUGUAUAUUUUUGACAUAUAAUGGUAAUAGAAUCAUUUCAAAAUGAGUUACAAAGGCUCCUAACUUAGCAGCUGACAUACGCAGUAACAUAUAACAUAAUUUUUGUGUGUAAUAUUUUCUCAAAACUAUUAUUAUUCUACUGUUGAAAGCUGAUUACUUUCUGUUGUAACGUAGUUAUAUCUACACCUUUGUUAAAUGUAUUAAGCACAUAAUCUUCUGUUGUUUGGAUGCUUACCAUUAGUUUUGGGGGCGAUCCUGCAAAUUUGGGUAUUCAUCCAACACCAAGAAAUUACAGGGCCAGUACUGGUCAUAUAAAUACUGAUAUUGAUCAUUUUCAAGAUCAUUGAAUCAUUACAUUUUUGAUCAACAUUUUAAGCAGACAAAAACACAGGAUUGCACAGUAACAAUAUCAAUAACAUUCUGUCUGUCCUACUAUUGGCUCUGGGGGUUUUCCCCCAAAGUCCUCCUGUGUCGAGGGACUUAUUUCCUGAAUAACAAAAACUACAAGGUAUUUUUUGUAGUAAAAAAAUAUUGAUCUGUGGUAUUGACCUGGUACUAUACUACUUGGUAUUGUUACUGUCGAUAUUCGUAUCAAACCGCCCACCUUUGUUUACAUUGAAGAGGUCUAGUUUGCGAUUAGCAGUUAUCUUACCCUCCUAUCCUCCUGUAGCGUGUUUAGUUAUUCUUCCUCCCUCUGGGAUGAUACUUGUAAAAAUGUCGUUAAUUUACCGGCAUGGAGGCGAGGAUUACUGACUUAGAAGCAGCAUUGCACUGUCGAGGGACAUUAGCCGCGAGCGAGGACGCGGCAUUGCGGUGAGAACGCGUUUGUUCGCUUGCCCCUGUCAAAAUUGCAGGACACAGCUAGAACGUAUCAUCAACAUGCAUUGUCACGAUAUAAGAAUAAAGCUCUAUUGUUGGCCCAAUUGGUAUAAUUUAUAUCGUGUAUAUUGCGAAACCCUAGCUGCAACCAACAACCAUUUUGAUAGUCGAAUAGUCACUGACCAUCUUAACGAUUAGGCGACUAAUCAGAUUAUAAAGGAGUGGAUCUUUUUUUUUUUUUCACAGAAAGGGAACAAAAAUUAAAUUACAACAUGUAACCCAAAGAAAUAUAAGUGUCAAAAUGUAAAAUAUAAGGUGUAAAUGCAUUAUCAGUAAUAGAUAUAGAAAAGGGGUAAGAUUUAAUAAGCUGUGCUUCUUCCUACUCUUUUUUUGGACAUGUUGAACUGUGAAAUAUAGCCAUGUGAUCUUCCUUCUAACUUGUUAAAGCAUGUCGAAAAGAAAUGAACCACACAGCUGACAAAGCAUGUUUUUUUCCACAUGAUCAUCGUGGACAUAUACUGUUAAAUACAACUUAAGUUGUGUGUUUUGUUUAGGUUGCCCACCUGUCGGCACAAUCUAUAAUGCCUCAGUGUUUUCCGCAUCUGCAGUAAGGUGAUGGCAGCCCAUUCGGUUUCCAUUGACAAAUACUCCAAGGCGGAGCAGCAGGUGGCAGAUGCAAAGUGUAGCAAAGGUAGAGAGUGAUUCAGAGGAGAAGUUUGAGGGGAUGUUAGCGGAGGCACCCAGCCCGACUCUCACAGAGCCACAGACGCCCAUGGAUGUGGACAAAGCCUCCAUAUAUCGACAUCCCCUCUUCCCUCUGUUGGCGCUGCUGUUUGAGAAGUGUGAGCUGUCCACACUUAGUUCUGACUGCAUCACCUCGGCGAGCUUCGAUGUGGACAUUGAGAACUUUGUCCGCUGUCAGGAGAAGGAAGGGAAGCCCUUUUUCAGUGAAGACCCAGAACUUGACAACUUGAUGGUAAAAGCCAUCCAGGUACUGCGAAUCCACCUGCUGGAGCUAGAAAAAGUGAGUGACCUGUGCAAGGACUUCUGCAGCCGCUACAUUGCCUGCCUCAAAACUAAGAUGAAUAGUGAGACCCUGCUGAGUGGAGAUCCUGGUAGCCCAUACUCGCCUAUCCAAGGCCAGGCCCCAAGUUUUUCACCAACUAAAUCCCAGCUUCCCAGCUCCAUCUCAGGGAGUCCUCAUGGUCAAAUUGUGGUGCCAGCUUCAGCCCUGCAGCAAGGAAAUGUCACGGUCACAGCAGUCAAUCCCACCCAGGUGGUCGCAGGUAUGUCUUCAUGGCAUACUACCCCACCUACAGGUAGCACGGUGUAUCAGCCUGUUACAGUCGUCACUCCUCAGGGCCAGGUCGUAACACAAGCCAUUUCUCCAGGGUCAUUACGAGUCCAAAACAAUCAGCUGCAGCUGCGCUUUCACCAGGACUUGAAUCUCUUCAAUCACGAGGACAGCUCGACAAAAAACAAACGUGGCGUUUUACCCAAGCAGGCUACGAACGUCAUGCGCUCGUGGCUUUUUCAGCACAUUGGGCAUCCGUAUCCAACAGAGGAUGAAAAGAAGCAGAUAGCAAGUCAGACCAAUCUGACACUUCUACAGGUCAAUAAUUGGUUUAUAAAUGCUCGAAGGCGAAUUCUACAGCCCAUGUUAGAUGCUAGUUCCUCUGAAACGCCUAAAACUAAAAAGAAGACACCUCAAAACCGGCCACUGCAACGCUUCUGGCCUGACUCAAUUGCCUCAGGGGGAGGCACUCCGCAGCAACUUACAAUGCCAGAUGGUACGUUGGUGACGAUGAACGUUGAGGGUCUGCAGAGUCUGACGUCAGACGGCGCCACUCUAGCAGUGCAGCAAGUGAUGCUUGGAGGACAUAGUGAAGACGAGUCCGGGGAUAGCGGCGACGAAGACGACGAUGACGACGACGACGAUGCAGACAUGGCCGGGCUGGGCCUCGACAACAGCGACUCGUUGCAGUAGAGGACUCCCCCUCACAGUUCCAUCCACAGUACGUGUCCAAUAAGUCACAUGGGUCUCCCGUCACGUCCACACAGAGCACAACACAGGACUUAAGAGAAUUGCCCCUUCCGAAAAUCCAACUUUGCUGAAUGCCAAUUAAUGCUGCGUGUGUGUACAUCAGGAAUUUCAUUUCAGAAAUGUUUUUGGUUUUUUUUAUUUGAUGUAGGAGAGUGCACUUUUUUUGUAUAUUUAAGCUAAAAGAAGAAAAGUGUUAAACACCACAAGCAAGUUGAAUAAAUCUUGACCGGAUUAAUAUUGUUUUUCUCGACCCCUGUUGCCAAUCCUGAGCUGAUUGUAAGUUUGGAUGACAACAUUUUGAGGUUGCGUCUGUAAGGGUUUGUCUUUUUGCAUGCUUGUAUUUGAGUAGAUGUGUGCACUCGAACCCCUCACGUGGACCUCUGCCAGCUGAACGGAGCUCUUGAGGAGAUUUCAAAUGGAAAAAAAAGAGAUGCUUAUUUUUAUAUUCAUACAUAUGAAAAUAGUGUUUUGUUUCAUGAGUUUGUUCUGUUUUGUAAGGGAUAUUUAUGUACAUAUUCAUAAAGCUAAUAACCCUGUUUUCCAGGGUUCUUGGAAGUUUUCUAAAAAAGGAAUAGAAUGAAAAUUAUUUAAAUUGGUUUUAAAGGUAGAAUACUAACAAGGCCUUACCCGUAUGUGGUUUUUCUUUCAAGACUUAUUGCCAAGAAGCACAAAACAAAGUGGUUAAAAUAUGCUAAAUUGCAGAAGAAUUUGACUUGUAUUCUUUCAGUAAAUACAGUAUCUGUGUUACUGUUUUUAAAAGCAGCACAUUGUGUAUAUCAUACAUUGUCAUUUUAACAUUUUACAGUGCUAUCGAUGUUUUCAAAGAUGAAAUGCACAAUCCAGAACACUACGCUGAUCAUGCAAUCACAAGGUCCUUCUUCCGUUAGAAGGACACACAGACACUGAAUUAUUACAUGAAGCACGCAUUGUUUUAUUUAUGUACAUGUGACCGCGGUGAACGGCGUCCCUCGUCAUUGGCAUGCACUACGACUCAAGUUGGAACUUGUUAGUCUCCCUGCCACUACUCAUCAGCCAAACAUUUCUGAUGUUUGAUCGCUCAAGAAUUACUGCACAAACUGUGGCACCUUUUCUUAGGAACGGUGGUACUGUUCGACAGUCGCAGUAAUUUGGUCCGUGUACCUUUGACAACAGAGAGUUUUCGUAAAUGUGUCGCAAAAACCUGAGAUGUCCUUUCUCAUAUCUGUCUUGCUUUUUAUGAAGCACUACGUUUCUCUUUGUAUGGUUUGCCUUAGAGCUUUCUAUUUUGGAAUAAACAAUCUCUUAACUCCUU